AUGGAGGGGCAUGGAGCAAGCGUCUUUCCUUCGGCUGAGUUUGUGCAGGAGGUGACCAAGGAUAACUUUGCCGAGGUGCUGCCGACAUUGCGGGCUGCGGUGGCCGAGGCCGACUAUGUGGCCAUUGACGGCGAGUUCACGGGCCUGUUUGCGGGGCGGGCGACCAAGGGUCACUCUCUCGACUCGCUUGCGGCACGACACGCCAAGGUGCUUAAGUCGGCCAAGUCGUUCUGCAUCAUCCAGUACGGCGUGGCGACGUUCAAGCUUGAUCCGGCCACCGGCCGCUACGCCGUCUCGGCCUGGGCAUUCUACGUCUUCCCGCGGACCGGCGACGGCGGUUCGUGGGACGCGCUGCAGACCAUGCAGGCCGAGUCGAUCAACUUUCUGGCCGACAACGGCUUUGACUUUAACAAGGCCUUUAUUGGCGGCAUCGGCUACCUGACGCCGGAGCAGGAAGCGAUCAAGGCCAAGCGCAUCGCGUCCGAGGGCGAGUCGCGCGAGCCCAUUGUGCUCAAGCCCGAGACGUUGAUCAAGAUGAACGCGCUCAUUGCUGCUGUCCGCGCAUGGCUCGACGAGGCCGAGCAGCCGGCCACAGUCGCCGGCGAGGAUUCCGGGGCUGGCGAUCCCGGAUCGUCGGACAAGCCGCUGUACUCGCUCUCCACGGCCGAAGCGCUCCACUACGAGUACUUUGACACGCUCCCGGCGUCGGGCUUUAUCCGGCGGCUUAUCCAUCAAGAGAUCGAGGCCGCAUUUGGCGACGACGUGGCAACCGAGUCGUUGCAGGUUGAGGGCGCGCCGCACUGGCGCAAGUAUGUGCGCAUUACCCGGUCAGACGCGGAGGCCAAGGCCGCUGCCGCCGCCGCGCGGGCGCAGGCGGCGCGUGAUAAGCUCGAGGCGGCCAUCGGCUUCCGCCACGUCCUCGACGCCAUCCGCGACGCCAAGGUCCCACUUGUCGGCCACAACCUUACCUACGACCUCGCGUACACCAUGGCGCAGUUCUACGGCCUCCGCACCGAGUCGGUGGCCGAGUACAAGGCCGCGCUCCGCGAUACUUUUGGUCCGAUCUACGACACCAAGCUCAUCGCGUCCAAGGCACCGGCAGUCAAGCCGCUGGUGACGUCGACGGCACUGAGCGAGCUCGUCGCGCAGCUCGGUGAUCUGGCCAAGCAGCGCGCUAGCUUUGGUGCGGGCUUUGACGCCUCGCCCGUCCGCAGUGGAGCCGGUGGGGCCGAGUUCCAUGACGCCGGCUUUGACGCGCUCGUCACUGGCAUGGCCUUUGCGCUCAUGACCUCAAUGUCGGCCAGUGCGUCGGUUGAGGACGUGACUGCCAGUAGCAGCUCGUUUGAUGCCCUUGCUGCCACUGUCUCGCCGUGGCGCAACAAGAUCAACGUCAUGCGGUGCGCGGUGCCGUGGCUCGACCUCGACGGCCCGUUUGAGCCGGUCCCCAACAACGUGUUUGAGCUUGCAGGCCUCACCGCCUCGGUGCGGAUCAAGCAGCUCCGCGAAGCUGUCGCACCGCACUCAAUCGGCGGCCACAAGUGGCUCGACGACGAGCGAGUUCUUGUUCAGCUGAGCCCGGCCGAGGGUCACAGUCUCUACGACGCUGUCCGCCACAUGUACACCGUUGCUAACGCGCCUUUCACCCACGUCGCACAUGUCAACCUCGGCGAAGAGCGCGCCACCUUUACCUCGAUCUACACCCCGGCUGGCGCUGCAGAGGCCUCGCGCAAGCGCAAGCGCCGCGACGCAGACGCCAACGCCGACGAGGGCGCCGCCAAGAAGCAGAAGGGCCUCUGCCUUGUGAUGUAG